CGCCCCGUCUCCUCUCCUUCAUUUCCAUGUAGAAAAAUGGCGGAGCGGGGCUGCGGAGGCUGCAUCGGCUGAGCUGCUGGCAGUUUAAAACACAGCACACGGGGCACGCAGCCGCCGCGGACGGGGGGGGACCACCGCGUAGGGAGGGUCAGCGCCAUAGGAGCAGGAGCAGGACGAGUUUAAUCCACGAUCCGACGGAGAAGUUCAUUUAUUUUUCUCCCGUCGAAACGAGAAGCUGGAGCCGAGUGAGGAGCCACGAACACAAGUCAUGAACGGGGAUAUCGUAUGCAAUUCAGUCACUGUCUUAAGCUCCACCAAGUCCACAUCACCGGGUCAGGAUGAACAGACGAUCAAGCUGACACAGGAGGGGAGGUGCCCUCCAAUAAGCUCCCAGCAAAAUGACGCUCAGAGGCAGGGAGAGGGUAGGAGAACAAACACCAUCAGCACUACACCAAAAGACUCAAAGAGCCAGUGUUUACCCUGCUGGUCAGCUGAACAGCCGUCACCUCCGCAGCUCUACUGCCCUCAGACCUGCCUUCGUUCCCCCGCCGAGCCCUCCCUGCCUCUCAGCAACAGCCUGUGUCACAGCCUCCUCCUCACCGACAACAGCAGCGCCCUCCACGGCCACCAGAGGAGAGACGUCCGCCACCCGAGGAGGGGAGACCGCUCCAAGGUGGAAGGAAAGAAAACACCUCGGAGAAUUGCAGCUGGGAAAAACUCCCAAAACCGAAAAGUUACUGACUACUACCCGAUAAGACGAAGCUCAAGAAAAAGUAAAACAGAGCUAAAGUGUGAACAAAAGAAGCUCAUAGACGAUCUCAUCACAAAGGGAAUAGAGGAAGGAAUGGAGGUGCAGCAUAUAGAAGGAAAGGGGAGAGCGGUGUUUGCCACUCGGUGUUUCCAGAAAGGCGAGUAUGUGGUGGAGUACCACGGAGACCUGCUGCAGAUCACCGACGCCAAAAAGAGGGAGGCCGAAUACGCCCAGAACCCUGCCACCGGCUGCUACAUGUACUACUUCCAGUACCUCUGCAAAACAUACUGUGUCGACGCCACAAAAGAGACUGGUCGAAUGGGCAGGUUGAUAAAUCACAGUAAAACCGGAAACUGCCAAACCAAACUCCACGACAUCAACGGCGUCCCUCACCUCAUCCUCGUCGCCUCCCGGGACAUCGACGAGGGGGAGGAGCUGCUGUACGACUACGGAGACCGCAGUAAAGCCUCCAUCGCAGCUCACCCGUGGCUCAAAUACUGAUCGAGGGGACCUCAAAAAACACAAAACAAGAACAGAAAAGGAAAGGGAAACGUACAGUAACACGUGUUUCCUGUUUGCUAGUGUACAAAAUGCCUUAGAAACAGAAUGUGUGCCCUUUUUGUUCCAAUAUUAAGGAAGCUGGAUGGGUUUAGUAACUGUUAACGGGGCUGGAGGGGCGCGGGUUGAUCGGGUACUUAUCACAUUUUGAUUAAGGUCCAUCUGCCUUGUCAGGUGGCGUCUGUACUUUUAUUUAUACUGUAUGUGUAUAGGAAACAUUCUGGUUGUUUUGCAGCACAUUUAUUUUGUACAUUUUUGUAUUACCUAUAGACCAAUGCUUCUACAGCAUGCAGGUGGUAGUUAAUGCUCUGCAUUUUUAUACUGCUUUUUCUUAAUUAGUCGUUAGAUACUUAGCAAUACUCCUCCCUUUUUUUGGAUCAGCAAGAAUUAUGAGAUGCAAAUUACAAACCCUUUUUAAAACAACAUAUUCUGUCAGAGUGGAGUUUAAUUUCAGCCGUUAAAACUCACACAGUCGAUCACUGUUCAGCGGGAGUGUAACAGUUCCAACACAUUCACGGUUCAGUCGACGUUUUGGGUGAAAUUAUCUGACACUGGAUUAAAGUAUUUUAUUCUUUAAAAGUGUGAAUCAACAUGCAGACUUACAGGAUUACACAGGAACACAGAAUUAGCUCACAUGCUUGAUCUUCCCAGGUUUUCAUGGUUUUUUUUAGUCUUUUUUUUUUAAUAUUUACAGAUAAUUUUAUAUUCUGUUAUGUUUCUUUAAAGGUAAAUUAAUGAAACACUAACAUAAACAAACUGAUUUGGAUUUCUACAGCUGUUAUUGGCUUACAUUCUUAUCUAGUCUGUGUUUUCAGCAGUUAAUUCUCCCUUUAAAUUUCACCUACAUAUGAAUUCCUCAGCUGGUGACACUGUUUAUAUCACUGCACUAUGUAAAUAUAUUUAUUCUCUCGCUGCUGCAAAGACAGUCAGACUUUUCUCUGCAAGGAAACAGACACAUAUUUCCUAAAACUAAAAUAAAUUAAAGGCUGAAGCAGCAUGUUUUUGAAUAUGUCACAUAAACUUCAUGUUUUUCUCUGUAACUGUGGGACGGGUGAACUGUUACACUCCUGCUUUAUAUCAAAGGUGUUCUCGCUCACAAAUCACGUUGAUCACAAUCAGACACUCAGUGUGAAAUGUAUUUAACAGCUGAACUGCCGACAGGUCUUUUCUUUUUUUACUUUAUAUUUUAGUAGCUUUUUCAAAUGUGUUUUCCAUGAACUGUAGCUGGAAGGUCCAAGAGUUCUAGCAGGGCACUAAUCGCACUCUUAAAAUGUUUUUUUUUCCCCCUGUUUAUGUUGAUUUUUGUUUGAUUUAAUUAUCCAGAAAAUCACUGAGACAAAUAACCUGUUUUUUAAAACUAAAUGUUAAGAAGUGUGUUCAGUAUUUUUUAGUCCAGAGCAUUUUGAGACUUGUUUUUUCACAUAAAAUGACAUAAAUCACACUCACACUUCAUAUAUCAUAUUUAAGCCUUGCAAGUAAUGAUAUAGAUUUAUCUGCAGAUUAUUUAUUUUCGACUAACUAAUUAACUCGUAAUCUAUUAAAUGUCAAAACAUAAGGAAAAAUUCCAGACGUUCAGUUUUGUCCAACCAACAGAACAAAAACAAAUCUCAUUUUGGAGAGAAUGUUUCACUGUUUUUGCUCUGCUGGAAGUUGCUGAUUAUUUCUUUGUCAGUCCGACUAAUCAACUAAUUAAUUCAACCCCAAUAAUACAGAAUUAUAUUGUGAUUCAUAGUAUUUUACCUUGAAUAAUUAUAGACUUUUAAGUAUAAAUUAUUGUACCACAGCAUCAUCAGACUCCAUUCAAAUGUAUUUGUUCUGGCACCAACGAAGUAGCAGUGUAACACAUUUUCAUUAAUUUUCAUGUAUAGCACAUUCUCUUCUCAUAGGUGCUGUUUGUAUUAUUAUUAGUAUCAUGUACAUUUUAAUAGGUUGUUUUUAUUAUUAUGAGUUUGGUGUAUUUAUUUCAGUCUCUGUCUUAAAGGAACAGGUUAACAUUUAGGGAAACACAUUUAUUUGUUUUCUUGCUGAGAAAUGAGGUGAUUAUUUCUUUAAAGGAUAACUCUGGUGUUUUUGAACCUGGGCUUCAUUUUCCUGUGGUUUUGGGUGUAAAUGAUUGAUAGGGACAAAGUACGUCCACUAAAGUUCUUGUUUUUGUCACUGACAGUGACUGACAACAUUAUGGAUAAGGAUUCCUACAGAGAUGAAGCUUUUUUAUUAAAGAGUAAGAUCCUUUUAGUUUAACCAGAAACAUCACUAUAUCUCAUUACCAGACUCCAUUGACAAAAACAGGAUUUUUACUGGGAGCUGCUGGAAUACCACUGCCUCCUUGUUUGUGUUACUGUGUGAUACUUUUACUUAAGUAGAGUAUCUGAAUACUCGCUCCACUACUGAAAGUAACACAGUAACACUAACUAACUAACCAAAUCAAAGCAGUGGUAUUCCUGCAGCUCCUGUGUUCUGCUCUGUAAAAUUACUGUUUUUGUCAAUGGAGUCUGGUACUGAUAUACAGUGAUGUUUCUGGUUAAAGAAAAAAAGGAUCUUACUCCUUAAUAAAAAGUUCGUCCCUAUCAAUCAUUUAUACCCAAACACGUGAAAAAACAAGGCCCAGAUGCAAAAAUAACAGAGUUCUUAAUUAUUAUUUUUUUACUUAUUUGUAGCAGCUUUAAUUCAAACGUUUGCUAACUCGGGACCUGACCAAAUGUUAUCGAUCCUCUGUGGCUGCACAGAGGAGAUUUUCCAUAAAAGUAAACUCUGUCUCUUAAAGGUUUACCACAUAUUCAGUAUAUUAUUGAAUUCCAGGAUUUGUUUGAUCCCAUGUUUUAAUUUAAUUUCAAAUACAAUGGAAAAAGUGUCAUCAGUGUUAAUACAAAGAGCCCAUGUGAGAAAGUAAGUUUCAGGAAAUAUACUGUGUGUAAAACAUAAAAACAUCCUUCUCAACACUUCCCAUUAACCUUAACAGUAGCAUUGUGUUGCAAGUGUGAAUUGUUUUUCAUAUGAGCCUUUCUUAAACAAACAUGUUACCUUUUGGAUUAUUCCAUUUGUUUUUUUUUAAAUGUAGAACUAAUGCAAUAAUACCUGAGAGGCGAAACUGACCUGUUGGCCAUUUUAGAACGUAAUAGAUCUUUGCUGUUGUAGCGUUGAAUAAAUCUUAAUGCUGGGGUUUAGGCAUCAAUGAAUAAAGAUGUAAUAUGCAAGUAA